AUGGCUAUUCAAAAAGUUAGUAACAAAGAUUUGUCCCGCAAGGACAAAAGAAGAUUUAAUAUCGAGUCCAAAGUAAACAAGAUUUACCAAAAUUUUUAUUCGGAGAGAGAUAACCAGUAUAAAGAUAGGCUGACAGCACUGCAAACAGAUUUAACCUCGCUGCACCAAGGCGAUAACGGUCAAUAUGCUCGCCAGGUACGAGACUUGGAGGAAGAAAGGGACUUAGAGCUGGUCAGAUUACGACUAUUUGAAGAGUACCGUGUGUCCCGUUCUGGUAUUGAAUUUCAAGAAGAUAUCGAGAAAGCUAAGGGUGAACACGAGAAACUUGUCAAGUUGUGUAAAGAAAGACUCUAUUCAUCUAUAGAACAAAAAAUAAAGAAGCUACAAGAAGAAAGACUACUGAUGGACGUAGCCAACGUCCAUUCCUAUGCCAUGAAUUAUAGUAGGCCGCAAUAUCAGAAAAACACUAGAAGCCAUACAGUAAGUGGUUGGGACUCUUCAUCCAAUGAGUACGGUAAAGACACGGCCAACGAAAGUGCCACCGACACAGGUGCGGGAAAUGAUCGAAGAACACUAAGAAGAAGAAAUGCUUCCAAGGAGGUAAGAGGUAACAACAACAACCAAGAGGAAUCGGAUUUCCAAACAGGUAAUGGUUCUGGAAGUAACGGGCAAGGUUCCAGACAAGGGUCUCAGUUCCCACACUUUAACAACCCAGCUUACAAGUCAGGUAUGGCGUCUGAUUCGGAUUUCUUACAGGGUAUAAAUGAAGGCACCGACCUUUACGCAUUCUUAUUUGGAGAGAAGAAUCCAAAGGAGAACGCAAACGGUAACGAAAAGAAGAAAAGCCGUGGUGCUCAACGAUACUCUACCAAGACCGCGCCGCCUCUACAGUCACUGAAACCAGACGAGGUCACUGAGGAUAUUUCUUUGAUCAGAGAACUGACAGGCCAACCGCCGGCCCCUUUCAAACUAAGGUCAGACUGA